GGCGGGGAGCGGGCGCGGCGGAGGCAGCCAGCAGGAGCGGGCGCGGGGGAUGAGGCUGCGGCCGGGCACGACGGCUCCUCUCGCUGCCCUGUGAGGAGGCCUCGAGGCCCUCCCUCUCUGCUCACGCUUGCGGCGGGCCGGCCUCGCCUUCUUCCUCCCCUCCUCCAUCUCUCCAUCCCAUCUUUCCUCCCGCACUCCUUCGCCCGGCCACCCGGCCGCGCCUUUCCUCUCUUGCUCGCCUGCACCGGGGGAGCUGCGCCGCCGCCCACGCUCCGGUACCCCUCCCUCCCCAUCCCUCCGGCACCAUGAUGGAGGAGAUCGACCGGUUCCAGGUGCCCACGGCGCACUCGGAGAUGCAGCCGCUGGAUCCAGCAGCUGCAUCCAUCUCAGAUGGAGACUGUGAUGCCCGAGAAGGCGAGACUGUAGCCAUGAAUUACAAACCAUCCCCACUCCAAGUGAAAUUGGAGAAACAGCGAGAGCUUGCUCGAAAAGGUUCCUUGAAAAAUGGCAACAUGGGCAGUCCAGUCAACCAGCAGCCCAAGAAGAACAAUGUCAUGGCCCGAACAAGGCUGGUUGUUCCUAACAAGGGAUACUCUUCACUUGAUCAGAGUCCAGAUGAGAAGCCAUUGGUGGCCCUUGACACUGACAGUGAUGAUGACUUUGACAUGUCCAGAUAUUCCUCCUCGGGCUAUUCCUCAGCAGAGCAGAUCAACCAAGACUUGAACAUCCAGCUGCUGAAGGAUGGUUACCGAUUAGAUGAGAUCCCUGAUGACGAGGACCUCGAUCUCAUCCCUCCCAAAUCUGUGAACCCCACCUGCAUGUGCUGCCAGGCUACUUCCUCUACUGCCUGCCACAUCCAGUAACGGCCAGCACAGGCCAGGAAGGGGCAGAGCGGGGAGGCGGCACAUCUGGUGUCCAUUCCCACCCUUGUUCCCAUUCUGGGCCCUGAUUCUGGCCUUAGCCACUGGCCAACUUCUUAACAGCCAUUGCUUCCUCCUAUGGUAGGACGUGUACCUCUGUGUUCAUGAAGCCGGGAGAAACCAAAAUGAGAUUUCAUGGGGGGUUGGGGGGAGGGGGGAGGGUGGUAGGGACUCUUUGUUCAUUGAUUUGUUUAAAGGGGACUCAGCCAGCUUCUCCUUCUCCCCAGAACCACCACACCUCCAUUGUCUUCCCAACCCUGACUGUCUCCGAUAGACAGACUGGCCAAAAGUCUGGAGAGAGCAGGAGUGGGAGAUGGAGGAGAGAUACCAGGGGUAAGUGAGGCCUGAAGGGGGACUGAAAAGGGAAGUAGCCUGGAGCUCUGGCCUCCAGAGGACCGGGGCUAAGUCAAUCUGUGUUUCAUUCAAAAGAGAGUUCUCCCAGAUUGUCCUCAGGCCAAACCGUGAUCCAGUGUGAUUUCCCAGGAUGCUCAGGCUCAAAGCUUUCUCUCAGGGGUCCUUGGAGAUUGCCCUGUGAUGAUCUGCUACAGAAAUAUAACACCUGGCAUCUGAAGGACAUCCCAGAGACUUCUGGAAUGGCUCAAGGCAGCCAGCUCCUGGGCUCCUCAGUCUAUCUGGCCUGACUUGCCCUGACUCAGCCUCAUGAUGUGAAUGAUGAGAACUUGUUAUCUUUCCUGGCCCUGGCUUGUCCUACUCCUGCCUUCUGACCUGCACACUGAUUUUUACAUUUUUUUUCAAUGUUUAGUCUCCAUCUCUCCUCCCUUUCUGGUCCAUCCAACUCUGGCACAGUUUCUUGGCUUCAUUUCCCAUCAUUUUUCCAGGAGAUAUGAGAAUAAAGGGGAGACAUCCCAUCUCUACAACCUGGGGAA